AUUUCGCAACUUCUCAAUCCUCACUUCACCAUGUUCAAGAAGGCGCUCGCGCACCACUCGAACGCGACGCCAAUCCGCUCGAGUGCGCGCCGUGCGCUCGUCACCUCCAUCUUUGCGCAAUAUCCUGCGCUCUCCGAGCAUGUCGGCGAGGAGGAGGGCAUGCUGAGCGAGAAGGACCUCGGGCGCGCGCUCGUGCCCGACGGUGUCCGCAGCUCCAACUUCGAGACGAGCGCCGGAAUAGAAGGGACAAUGUAUCUCUCUCCGGACGGCGACCCACUCUGGCUAUCCAUCGGGCGCGGCAGCAAAGAGCUCGUGCCGACACUCGCCCUGCUCGCUCGCCUCCCCCACGACGUCCACCCCUUCCCCGUUCUACAGCUCCCGUCUCCUCUUCCUCCACCGCUGCUAGCAGGCGCAGCGCUGUUCCUCCCCGCUGUACGACACCUGCACACCCCGUGGCGGCUACCCGCUCUUCCUGCAGGCGCCAUCGUUGCCUUGGCGGCGGGCGGGAGUGGCGACGUCUUGUAUGUUGGUGUUGGGCGGGUUGCCGCUGCGGACGGGCUUGAGGGAGCGCUGGGACGGCUCGUGAAACACCGCAACGAAGGAGUUGAGCGGGACGAGGGAAAGUUCGCCGACAUCAUCUGCAUCAUCGACGACCACCUCUGGGAGAUGGGAUCCAAGCCAACUUUGGCGCCCUUUGCCCUCCCGGCGCCUCGGGAUCCGCUUAUGCCACCGCCCCAGGACGAACCGAAAGAUGUGGACGAGGCCGCCGAGGGCGUCGCAGCGGUGUCCCUCGACGACAAUGCGGAAGAACCUCAGAUUCAGGCAUCCGAGCCCCUCGCUCCGGCCGAGGUGUCCACCCUUCUUUCUGCCGCGCUGCUGCAGACGCUCGCGACCCUGCCAGCAGGCACCUUGCCCCUCCCGGCCUCGCAGCUCUACUCAGCACACAUUCUGCCGAACCGGCCCGCCUACAUUCCGCCAGAGCGGCGUGAAGACGUGGUCAUCGGGCGCAGCGAGUGGAAGAAACUGGCCAAGUGGAUGAAGGAGGUGGCGAAAGACGGUGUUAUCAAGACGAAGGAGACGAAGGGGGAGGUGGUAGUCACAUCAUUCGACCCGAAGCAUCCAGCAAUUGACGGACAUGCAUCGUUCAAGACCAUUUCGGAAGAUGAGGCGAAGGCGGCCCGUCGCGCGGCGCGGGAGGAGGAAGCUGCUGUGCCGAAACAGAUGGACAUCCAGGAGCUGUGGAAGCCAGCGGGGUCCAAUGCCGAGUUCUGGGCUGCAUGUGGCAUCGAGAAGGGAUCACUCAACCAGCCGUCGGCUAUCAAGCCACUUGUUGACGCGUACAUUGAGAGGAACGGUUUGGAGGAUAAGGAGCACCGUCGUCUCGUGAACCUUGACAAGGCCCUGGCUUCCGCUGUCGGCGGCAAGGAGGGGCAGACGCUCAUUCGGGACGAAUGUAUGCGGCGUCUUCGAUCGGGACUUGGCUGGGCAGUCUCAGUCGGAGGCCACGUCAAGAAGGGCGCCCUCACUCCAAUCAGCAUCGUCGUCAAAACGCGCCAGGGGCGUAAGCAGGUCACGCUCGUAGCUGGGCUCGAGGGCUUUGGCAUCGACCCCGACGACUUCGCCGACGACCUUCGCCGCCGCUGUGCCGGCUCCACGUCGGUCCAGCCCCUGACGGGUUCGUCCCCGAAGCUCAACCUCAAGGAGGUGAUGGUGCAGGGCUCCCAGGGCAAGGCGGUGACAGAGGCGCUCACGGAACGCGGAGUUCCGCGCCGCUGGAUCAAAGACGAGGGCAAGAAGAAGUAGCUAGUGAGAUCUUAUGCAUUAGAUGUUGAGAUCA